AUGGUGAUCGCUGGUGGCUGGGAAAUUUUUCGUGUUUUUGUUAUAUUUUCGACAAUUUACCUCACCAACAGGAACAAAAUUUUUUCAAGACUCAAGCAAUUACUUGUCCUAACUCUUAUUGGAGGUUUAGGCCCACAUCAGUUUCCAGAAGUGACGAUGGAUUUUGAUUUACUUUCAAAGAUGAAGGUUGAAGAACUGAAGAACUUUCUCCGCCUUCGUGGAUUGAAAGUCAGCGGAAAAAAGGAAGAACUUGUCGCAAGAGCCUUUGUUGCUAUCGAAAAUAAUGUGCAGGUUGUGCAAACUGCUGAAGAAGUUGAAGUUGCUCUUGGGAAACAAUAUAGCAGCAAACUCAAUAUUUUUGUUUCGGACGAUCUUGGAAAUCAUGUUAUUCCAGAUCCCUUGAAGCUGGAUGAGGGGUGGAUUUGUGAAAAGGAAGGGGUGAAAGAUUGGCCAAGCACACUGUACCCCGAUAUAUUCCACUUCUUGGCUUUUCAUCCAAGUGAGCUUUCAAGCAAGGAUUUAUCAGACUAUAAAACGUCAAAAGGGUACAACUACUAUGAAGAAGGAUGGUUAAAGCCACUCAGCUUCCACAAAAUUUCUGAUGAUAGCCCACUUUGUUCACUAAAAACAACAUGUAGACCCUCACAAAAGCUUUCUGACGUGCCACAUAAGUUGUGGGUUUGUCUAGAGAAAGCUACAGGGCGCAUUAUGGCUGCACAUUGCUCAUGCAUGGCUGGAAUGGGUCAAACAUGUAACCAUGUAGCAGCUGCAUUAUUUAGGAUUGAGGCGGCUGUAAGAAUGGGACUUUCCAACCCAGCAUCCACUUCAAAACCCUGUGAGUGGCUUCCAAAUGCUAAAGAUGUGAAACCGGUGAAAGUCAAAGACUUGAAGCUUGUUCGGGGAAAUUUUGGCAGAAGGGGGCAAACUUUGAAGAAACUAAAUUCAUCUCCAAAGAAAAAUUAUAAGCCAAUAAUUAACUUUGAAAGUUCCCUGACAUUAGCUGAUGUUACAACAGCCUUGAGAUCUGCCUGUGAGGAAAAAGAUUCAAUCAUUUUCACUUCAGAACUUAAAGAAGACAAACUAGCCAAUGCAAAUAUGACAGGGAAUUUGCUUUCAACAUUUGAUGAUGUCCUAGCUAGCGUAAAAAAUUUAAAUGAAUUUAUUUCCAAAUUGGAAUAUUUUGCGGACCAUAAGGAGGAAAUUGAAAAAGCAACAAGAGGACAAAGUGACAAUGCUUUUUGGUUUUCAGCUAGGAAGCACUGUAUAACAGCUUCAAAAGCUCAUGAUGUAAUGAGUAGGAUGGUUACUUACAAAAGAAAUUUUGAGGAAACAGAUUUUAUUUCAGUCAUAGAUAAAGUAUCUGGGAAAACACAUUUAAACAUGGAUUUGCCUGCAAUUAAGUAUGGCCGAGCAAUGGAAGCAGAAGCCGUGGCAGCAUUCUUUUCCACAUACUCAAAAGAGCACAAAAAUGCAAAAAUAUUGGAUUGUGGUCUUUUCCUAUGCAAAGAUGUCCCCUUUGUUGGAGCUAGUCCUGAUAGAAUAAUUGUAUGUGACUGUUGUGGAGAGUCAUGCCUUGAAGUAAAGUGCCCCUUUUCAAUCUCCCAUACUAGCCCAACUGAUCCCAAUGUACGCUUGCCAUAUUUGAUGCUGAAUGAGGACUCCACAGUCAUGCUGAACAGGAAGCACAAGUACUUUACCCAGUGCCAAGUACAAAUGGCUGCUACAGAAAUGACAAGAACCUACUUUUUUGUUUGGACUUCACAUGGAAAUUUCACAGAAAAACUUUAUUUUAAUAGGGAUUUUUGGAGUGAAACACAAUUAUUACUGAAAGAGUUCUAUCUGUCAAAAUAUAUUCCAUAUGUGUUACAAAAAUAA